UUGGGGAAGUAUCCGGGAAUAGGAAUAUGAAAUCGCAAGAUGUAGGCGUGAGUCCAAUAGAAAGACAAACAAUCUGUAAUUCUUAAAUUGGAGCCAAGAUCCAAAACAGGACCAAAAAAAAGUGCAAAUUAAAGGUGUUUUGUUCAAUUAAAAGAAAUUCGCCCCGGUGGCGAGCAAAAGUAACUACAAUAACUCAUGAUGAAAAAACGCAGCUCACGUUGCAACUCGGAUACUUUCAAACUCGCCAUAACGAACCAAAACCAGAUGCAGAGCACUGGGACAAGGACAGAUAAGCAUAAUGUUGACAAUAGCGAUAUUAGCUUGCUCCAGCGUCCGCUAACAACGGCCUACUCUGGAUUCGAGGAGGCUCGUCGUGCCUACGAGGAUGGCACUAAUGAGGUGCGACGUUUGCUCAGCCAAGAAUGCAGUCUUAUCUACGAAUGCGAUGUGUGUCGGAAUAUGUUUCGCAGUUUGGCAAAUUUCAUCAGCCACAAGCGCGUCUUCUGCUGCAUUAGUGCCCGCUCAGCCAGUCAGAAUGGCGGAUACACAGAUCAUAACUCCACAAUGAUAAUUCAAAGCGGAGGCGGAGCCGGGGGCAAUGGCCCAUCGACACAGGAUAUUGAGUAUAUGCUCCGCAGUCGCAGCACUGGCUGUUCACCAGUGCCCCGUGAGGCACGGCCGAUGCGCGGUGGCAUACGUGAUCUGAGCGGUGUGAUUGAACGCCUGCGGCGGGAGAAAGCUACAACAGCAAUGCGUUCAUCGCCCACAGUUCUUCAGCUGGAGCCAGUGCCCACAUCUAGCCAGGCUGUCUAUCAGACCAUCAAAGUCGAUCACGAUGAUAGCAUAAAGACGGAGGUCAAUGAAGUUCAUCACAUGCUCAAUCCCGAAGACACUGUUGUGGGACCAGAUGGCAAGGCCGUUGUGAGUCAUCAUGCCAGCCAUAAAGUAGAACGUCGAAGCGGCGGCAGCGAUUCGGGAGAAACUGGAGAACAGUCAAUUAGCGAUGACGCCGAGACCAGCAUAUUCUGUGAGAUUUGCAACCUCACAUUUCAGACGCACAAAACUCUCGAGGUGCACAUCCAGAAGCAUCAUUCGUCAUCGGCUUUCGUUUUUCAGUGUCCAGCGUGUUCGUUGACUUUCCUGCAAGCAGCAGCCGUAAUACGACAUCUUUCAAAGGAUCACAAGAAACCCACGCGGCGGAUUCGAAUGAUGCGUAAUACGAUACUAAAGCGUCGUGUCCAACAGGGCGACAUACAACCCAAGGGUCCAAGCCGUGAGCUCAAGCGUCUGCAGUUAUCAGAUGAUGUGGUGGGCCAUGUACCAGAGCAGGUAAAUGAGGGCAGAGAACAACGGAAGAUAAUGUCGCUGUGUAUUUACUGUGAGAAAUCAUUCGAGCGACGGGCUGCCUUGUCCACCCAUUUACUAAACUGUCGGGCUAAACAGGAGGCUCUGGCCAAGCCAGCUCCCAAUGUAAAAGGAUUGAAACUAAAGCAGAAUAGCAGCAAUGCUUCAACCCUUGAUCAGAAUGAUGAAUCUGAUCAAGCUAAUGCAGCUAAAUCAACUCUCGAUCUGGACAACAUAAAAUUAGACCAAUCGCUGGAGCAAGCCGGCGAAUCGGAUUCAAAUGCUGUAAAUAAAAUGUUUGCCGAUCUUGCCGAAGAAAGUGAACCCUUUGCAGCUGGACUGCAGACCGUUUCCCUAGACAAGUUGGAAUUGCAGAACGAGAGCGACUCGGCCAGUUGUGAGGCCUCCAAUAGCGAAGAUGAUGACGAAGGUCGGGAGCCAGAUCCAGAACCCCUUGCCGAGGAGAGCAUCAGCAAAGUUAAGGGCAAAAAGAAGCGAACUGUGCCCAUAGAGAAACAGAUGCGUUGCCGUUGCAAGAUCUGUCACAAGCAGUUCAAUGCCCUCGGCAACUUACGUCGCCACAUAUCCAUGUUCCACUAUCGUGCCCGUCGAUUUGGAUGCACUUUGUGCGAUUAUCGCGCAUUUCGGCGCUAUGAUAUCAUCAAUCAUUUGGGUUUUAUCCAUAAGAUAGAUGGAGAUCGUGAGAUGCUCACUGAGAAGUAUGUGUCCACCCAUGAGUGUGAGUAUUCACGUGACGAUGUGGAUGGCGAUAUUGUGCUCUUGGAUGGGCAAAGCAAUGCUAAAGCAGAGGAAACAUCGGCAACUGCGGCAAAUGAGAGCAAAACAACACCGAAAGCCUCCGAGAAGCGGACGAAGCGUUCCAAGACUAUAACAGAGACAAGUCCCAGUUUGGAAGAAGCUGUAAUCAAAGAAGAACCUGAUACAGAACCUGUAGAGCCCACACCGAGCAAAAAGCGUCGCAAGUCGCGUUCUCAAAUCUCUCCCGAAUCCGGUGAACAGGCGGCAGAGAAACGACCCAUUCGCCGGCGUGUAAAGGCAGUCAACAAGGACUUUGUGUACGACAUUCCCAGUUUCAAGGCAGAUGCUUCUGGGUCACAACAACAACAACAACCACAACAACAACAACAACAACAGCAGCAGCAGCAGCCUAGUGCGACUCCAGCGGUUGAUAACAUGCGAGCUAAGCUCCGUCGUCCUGUUGUGCCCUCAAACGAUGAGAAUAAGCCAAAGGUAUGGGAAGAUUAUAUAACCGAAGAAAAGAAACCCCUGGUACAAGGCAUUACGCGUCGUAUCAUGCUAGAGCUCGUAAGUCAAGGACGCGCCGUAUCCGGCACCUUACCAGAGCUGCCUGCCGAGCGUCCCCAGAUGCGACCGCGUCUCACAUCCCACACACGCACCGAAAGUGAACAGCCAAAUGUGGUGACGGAGCCGGAGAGUUUUAUUGAAAAGAUUGCCAAGCGAACGGCAGCAGCUGGCAAGGAUACGGCGGUCAUCAGCAACCUGUGGAACAAGGUGAAUACGGCGAUUGCACAGCAACAACAACAACAACAGCAGCAGCAGCAGCAGCAACAACAACAACAACAAGAACAACAACAAAAGCAGCAGGAUGUAUCUACAGAAUCCAAAGAGGAAAAUAAUGCCCAAUUGCCGCCCAAUGGCAAGCAAAGUCCUGAUCAUCCGCCUGUUUGCUCACCAUCAGAGAAAAGUUCAGCAUCGUUGCCUGUGCCGGAGCAAGAGAAAUCACAGGCGCCGCCGACGACGCCAUUGCUGGCCACUGGAAGGGAAUGCCUCAGCAGCACCAGCAACAUCACCGAAGCGACAGGACCACCCACAACCAAGUUUCCGGCGUUGCCCAAGCCGCCAUCCGUUUUACAGGCAACUGCCAGUGGCACCAUUCAGUUUACAUUGGACAGCCUGCUGCGCGCCGCUUUGCAAAACUAAACGGAACCGGAAGUGGCAGCCACCACGAUUUUACAUUACUCGUCAUCUAUUUUUAUUUUACUCUCUUCGUCCCGUUUUUUUUUUGUUUAUUUUUCUUUAAUUUUUAUUCCUGUUCUUCUUUUUUACUAUGUCAACCACACAACGUUUAAAUGUUAUGCACUUUGUGUCCUUAGCAAAAACGAAACUCCAAAAAAAAAAGAACUCACCCUCUCAUUUAGUUGGUAAAUAUCCCCUCCCUCCCCCCCAAACACUUUUUGAGUAUUACGCGAUUGAACAACCAAAAGAAAUCAAAAGAAAAAAGAAAACACAGUAGCAUAAUUUUUGGCUUUUAGCGAAUGUUAGUUGGAGCCGUGCUGCAGCACGAAAAAGAAUCAAAGAGAAGAAUAGAAGAUGCAACAUCUUCCUUAGAUAAAAAAGAAAACAAAACAAAACAAAACAAAAACCCAUUUGUAACAUGUUAUAGUAAUGAACUGUAUAUGUAUGUACCUAAUUUUUAUUAAACUAAGCAACAUAUUUGUAUGUAAUUAUGGCCUUUAGAUUGCAUAUAUGCAAUAUAUGUAUUGAUAUAUGUAUA